UACGGGACAAACACCGAUAAACCAAAAGCCUUGCUUCCACGAAUAUAUCUCUGAGAUCUAGACCAAGUCCUCCGUCGUCGUCCUUCGUCGGCCUGGCAGCGCGAAACCUGCCAUAUUAAUGCACUUAUGUCUUUUUUUGGUUUUGAAGAGAGGACUUUAGAACGUGGGAAGGAUAGACGUUCAGAACAAGAUGAAGACCUGGCUGUCUAUACUUGGGGUGAAGAAAACUACGAUGGCUUAGGCGACGCUCUUCAAGAAGACCACGACGACCUCAACGAUGAAACUUUUGGUGCAGUUGGUGAACUGGGCAAAGACUUCGAUUUUUCGAAUCAAGCGCUGCCAGAUAGAAAGAAUAUCACAAGAUCGGCCAAUGCCAUAGUCGAAGAUAGACCUCCUCAGUCAUCUACUCCGCUUACACUUGAAUCAAUCUGGGAUGACAAGUCUCCGUUUUCUCUACGGCUCAAUGGCUCCAAUCGUACCCAACUGCCCCGCGGAGAAUCGCCAGCUAUCUCCAGCCAGCAUCGCCAGCAAUCCGGCAUCCGCACUCUCCAGGAGAUUGAAGCCGAGAUGCGGGUAUCUGCAGAUCAGUCCAGACAAGAAGCUCUUCUUCAGCAGCGACAGCAGCAAUACUAUCUAGAACAACAGCGGUUGCAGCAACAACAGCAGAAGCAGCGCGAAGAAGAGGAGCUUCUUCUGAGGCAGGAGGAAGAACGCGAGUUUCAACGUCAGCGACUCUUGUACCAGCAAGAGCAGGCUCAACAACUUCACCUGCAGCGUUUCCAACAACAGCAGCAACUUCUCCAGCAAAGAGAGCAUCAACACCGUCGAACUCCCCCUCCGCGCAUGCUUCCCGUAUCGCAGUCUCCCCGUUUCAUGGAACAUCAACAACGGCAGAUCCUUCUUCUUCAGCACCAGCAGGAACAGCAGCAAUUGUUGAGAUUACAGCAGCUACAAGAGCAACUUCGUGUUGAAGAGCUGGAACGUCAGCUGCGAUCGCAGCAUAUCUCUUCUGUGACGCCCGAUCGACAACCCUCCGGUCCUACUCUUGCUGAUAUGGAAGCUUUGCAGCACCAACAGCUUCGGCAACAAUCUCAGUCACCCGCUACGCGAUCGGGUCCACACCGGCCAGCUCCACUGGAAGACAGUCUGCCCUAUCUUCCACAGAGUAUCCAACUUCAACAAAGACUACUCUCAGAAAUGGCGCAAGCCGAGUUCUUGAGGGAGAUGCAAGGUCUUUCACAAGCUGAUCAAGAAGCUCUCCGGGUCGAAGCCAUGCGCAAGAUCUUAGAGGCAGAGAAGAUGGAAGAAAAACGACGGAGGAAAGCCGCAAAAAUUGCCCACAUGUCACGAUAUAAUGACUUGAUGACUCAAUCGGAUAAGGACUUUAUCACCCGAAUUCAAGUAUCCCAACUCGUAUCUCAAGACCCUUAUGCCGACGACUUCUACGCUCAAGUUUACGGAGCUAUCGUUCGCUCGCGAAUGGGUCUGUCCGCCGAUGAUGAACGAGUACUUAAAUUCGGUGCUAGCGGCGGAGUUGCGUUGGGCGCCCCUACUAAAGGAGGUAAUCGUCGACCGAAUGCCAUGCAACGUAUGCAACAGCAAGUCGAAAGGAUUGUUAGUAAUGCUAGGAAACGAGAAGAAGAAAAAGGACUCCAUUCACUUCACAGUCUCCAAGGUGCUCUGGGAAAGACUUCUGGAAGGAGUUACAAAGCCGCUCCGAGACAGCUCCUUCAAGUGGAUUCUAGUAGCGCGCCUAGUUCAUCCCCGACCCUCUCACAUGCUCAGCCACAUGCCCACAUAUCCAAAGCGGAUUCGAUCUCUAAGUCAUCCAGUGAAGCAGCGGCGGACGCUGCUAGAAUUGGUCGGGAAACGCUGGAUAAUGGUGAAACCUUGGUGCGCAUGGAGCCUUUGACACAACGAGAGAUACUGGUGACCCUGGAAAACAUGUACGAUCUCGUUCUCAAUGUAGAACAACUACGACGAGAUCAGCCUCAUCCAGAGGAUGGUGAGGAAGUUUUGGAGCAGUGGAGCCAAGAUUUUGACAAACUUGUUGAUCAAAUGUGGAUUCAGCUGAAAGUGAUGCUUCCUCUUGCUACGAGUACACCACAUCCCUUCAUCUCCCUUUUGAGCGCUGCCAAAGGCAAAAAGAUUCUUCCCCGCGUUACGCGUCACUUUGACCAGCAGCGAAUGAAUACUCUACUCACGCUUCUUAUCGCCUGUUUCUCGCAACUAGACAUCAUCUCCCAUGCCGCGCUCCUUGAUACACUCGAAGACACACCUGAACGGGCUGAUGUCGAGCGUCAGACACAAGCUUUCCUCAGCAGUGUUUUGCAAAGCAUCUUGCCUAUCAUUGUAAAGGGGAAUCUAAGACUUGUGUGUGGAUUGGUAGGGCUACUGAUGCACGGGCAGGAUAUCGUUGCUAUUGCCAAGAGUCGCCCUGGCCUGGCGUUGCUGACACUCUUCCUUACGAGAGUGGAGGUUAUCAAGGAGGGAGAAGUGGACGAAAACCCUACUCCAGAGGACUUCGCUCAAUGGCAACUUAUGUUUGACCAUCUCUUCCAACUCCUCACACCCGAGUUCCCGCUUCUUUUCCCUUCUACUCGCAUGGCCGAACACCUUCCUCGGGAUCAGCCGCAUAUCAAUAUCCCAGGUAUAGAUAGUCUCGACCAACCAGUGUGGCAAUUCCUUGCUGCGCUUGCCCUGCAAGCUUCAUCCAUGCAACACCAAAUUCUUGUGUCGUCCUUGCGAGAAAAGGUGCUUGACAACGUACUCAGUGCGAAAAAGGGAUGGGUAGUGGAUGAAGAGGAACGUAGCACAAAAUUAGCAAAUGUCGAUCUAUUCCUGCAUGCCCUCGGGCUAGACAGUUCUCAGAUCACAAUGUAAUAGUGAUAUGACCUGGCUCAAUGUCAUUCGUGUUUUCGACGUUUUA